AUGGACAAAAAGGUCAAAAAGGACCAAAAAGGACAGGGAGACAAACGGACAAAUAGACAGGGGACAAUAGACGUAAGUGACGAUGAUAUGCGGAGUGUUACAAGUGAAAUGUCCGAGAUGACAUUCGGCGGGUUUGAGGAUGGCUACAUGUCCGAGAACGAAUAUGAGCCUUACAACGAUACCAACCCCGAGGAAAAUGAACAGAUAAUGAGAGAGAUAGCAGCUAUUGGAGCUGAUUUCCGACAACUAUCCAGCUUCACUGAUGAAGGUCCUAACAACAACAAUAACAACAACAGUUUCCAGGCUAACGAUGUCAACUCUCACGAACACAUAUUGAUAGCUUGGGCCAGUAAGGAAACAGACAGUUAUAAAGACAUAGCUAUCGUAGAUCUGAAAGAUUCGUGGGGUGACGGCAAGGCUUUCUGUGCUAUCAUCCACAAAUACUGCCCUGAAUUAAUUAAGAUGGGUCAGCUGAACGACCCGUACUCUAACGUUAAGCAAGCAACUAAAGCAGCUGUAGAACUUGGCUUGAUGCCAAGUAUUGACCCUAUUGAUUUCCACAAGAGGCGGCUGGAUAAGCUUAGUAUUAUCACAUUCGUGGAUCAACUUUACCAGAACUUCAAGAACGCUGAGCCACAAGCAGUAUCGCUCAUGAAACACAAAGAGCUGAAGAAGUCGCCGGAACACAAACGAACCACACCCUCUGUCUUAACAAACAGGAAAGUAGAGCUGGAUGAAACGGAGGAAGAGAAACGGAGAAAAGACAUGAUAGCAAGAGGAAAACUCAGAGCAAGCAGGAGGAGACCAAACAGACUGGAUAAGAGUAACACUUCUCUAGACACCGCUAAAUCUCCUAUACCAACUCCCGUACCAGAAGUAGUGACCCCCACUAAACCAGUUCUCCAGGAGACCCCUCCUGCUGCGUCCCCGGGAGGGUCUGUUACAGGAAGUUCUGGAAUCAUCCAGGAUAGUCCCACCCACCUGGUGAAGUGUAACGUGACGUCAUCAUUUGAAGCUGACGUCUUUGUUUCGUCAUCAGGAGGACUUGAUCCUGAUGAGCUUAUGAAGGAGUUCCAGCGACAAUCUCCUGCAGUUUCACCGAGACCAAGUGAAGUCGACCUACUGAACUCCGCAGAAGUAGAGUCCUACCAGCCGGAACUAGUGGACCAGCAAGUAAUUGACGCUAUAGUGGGUGCUGGGUCACUCAGGUCACUGGAGUCUGGGGGUAGACUCUCGAGCGAGAAGAUUUCCCUGAAGUCAGACGAAUCAGCAGAUGCUAUCAUGGAGUCUCUAGAGAGAGAGGUUAUACAUUCUCCUACAAGCAUCAGGAUCUCAGGAAUAUCGUCUACGUCAGAAGAAGCUGCAAUAGAUCCGACAGCUCUCUCGAUAAAACUGAACGAAAGUAAAGACGAAGCUGCUGCCUUUAGAGAAUCUAUCCUCUCCGACAAAGAUGAGCCUGAGACCGCAGAACCAGAGCCUAUCACAGAGGUUACACCAGAACCUGAGUCAGUAGCUGAGCCUGAGGUGGACGAUAUGCAGUCUGAUUUUGAUGAGCUGAUAAAGAUAAAGUUUUCGUUAGAGGAGCCCGCUACACCUAAAGUAGAGAAACCUAAAGUAGAGGAACCUCUGCCAGCAGAAGAGACAGAGCACGUAGAGACUGACAUAGAAGCUGAGAUAGCAGAGUUAGAGAUCCAGCUGAACUCUAACUUCAACUUUAAACCUGAAAUAAAACAACCAGACUCUCCUCCAGAACCCUCGCCUGUUAAAGAAACCCCACCAGCAGUAGCUCCAGAAGAACCCUCAGCUCCAGAGGAACCAGCACUUCUUCAGCCCACACCGCCCACAACCCCGCCCAGAUCUAAACGAGCCUCCUCUCUCCGUGAUAAGAUUAGAGGUCUCCACAGUGCCCGGGAGAAGCUGAUGUCAGCCUGUCCUUCUCCCACUAUAUCUGAGGACAGCAACAAAUCCUCCAAACCACCUGUUCUACCCAAACCUGUUGGCAGGUCUCUUAGCAUGGAGAAGGUGAGCAUGCUCAGAUCUAGCUCCCAGGAGAGUGUAAAGUCCAGAGCGAGUUCACGGUCAGACUCACUAUCAAUACAGGAGUCUGAAGAGAGCGUCUCUAAACCAGUGGUUACUACACCUGCUGUGUCUCUGGAGCUCCUAGCUCAGGAGACCCCACCUGCUGUGUCUCUGGAGCUCCUAGCUCAGGAGACCCCACCUGCUGUGUCUCUGGAGCUCCUAGCUCAGGAGACCCCACCUGCUGUGUCUCUGGAGUUCCUAGCUCAGGAGACCCCACCUGCUGUGUCUCUGGAGCUCCUAGCUCAGGAGACCCCACCUGCUGUGUCUCUGGAGUUCCUAGCUCAGGAGACCCCACCUGCUGUGUCUCUGGAGUUCCUAGCUCAGGAGACCCCACCUGCUGUGUCUCUGGAGCUCCUAGCUCAGGAGACCCCACCUGCUGUGUCUCUGGAGUUCCUAGCUCAGGAGACCCCACCUGCUGUGUCUCUGGAGCUCCUAGCUCAGGAGACCCCACCUGCUGUGUCUCUGGAGCUCCUAGCUCAGGAGACCCCACCUGAAUCUCCUGAAACUGUUCAGGAUGAUUUAAUACCUAGUGUAUCUGUCGAGAAGGAAAUAGUUAUAGAGCAGCCUACUACUGAGGUUAAGGAGAUAGCUGAACCUCCAGCUGAUGAAGUAGCACCGAGAAUAGCUCCUGAGGAAGUAGCACCGAGAAUAGCUCCUGUAGAACUAGGAUCAGAGUGCGACUUGGAACAAGUGGAGGUUGCCAUGCAGUCCCCUGGGGAAGUGCAAGAGUUCCCUCUUUUCGUCGAUACACCUGAGCAAACAACACCUGAGCAAACAACACCUGAGCAAACAACACCAGAACCUACACUUGAUGAACAACCUGAACAACCCGAGCAUGUGAUUGAGGAACCAACACCUCCCAGCCCUCGUAAGCCAGCUGGCAAGGAAAUACAAUCUUUAACAGAGCUCAUCUCCUCCUUUUCCCCCAAGACAGAAGCGGAAACUUCAUUUGAGGAGACUACAACUAGCACGUCACGAGCGGAGUCUCCUUCAGUCGAGAUGCAUGCGGAGGAACCAGCUUGCAAUGCAGCAGGAAGUCUAGCGAACUCAGUGACCUCAGUUAACUCUGAACCGCCGCCUCCACCGACCCCUGCACCGUUAGCGCUGAUGAUGGGACCCCCUGGGGAAGAUGAUAUGAGCCCUGUGGAAGAGGAUGACAGUGAGGAGGAGACUAACCAACUCAAUCAGAGCACCCUUGAUAAACAGGACCUACAAGACGUGAGGAACUACAUGAGUGAGUGUCAUGCCCGGAUAACCCACCACAACGCUAAGUUAGACAAGCGAGCUAAAGUGCUGGAAAAGGAACUCAGAGUCGCCAUGGACUCUCAGAAUCACGAACUAGAGCAGAAGCUGUUAAAGUCCUGGCUCCACCUGGUACACGAGCGGAACACUCUGGUGAGGAAACAGGACGAUCUAAACUCUCUGCAGAACGAGGAGGACCUAGAGGAGAGGUGCUGUGUUGUGCUCAAGGAGAUGAGGAGAUAUCAGAACAUGCGCGACACGACUAAAACAGUACAUGACGUGGAACGAGAAGAACAGCUAGAGGAAGAGUAUCGGGAUAUUCUUAAGAAGCGGGAGCUCUUGCUCAGGAUACGAGACGAUAUCAACACAGUGUCUAUGGAAGAGGAAGCUGAGUUCCGCUCUGUAAUAGAGAAACCGAAACUUCUCCAAGAUCAAUCCUCCUGUAAAGUCUCGUGAGGAAAAAAAGUAGUUAAAAGUUGUCUCAUCUUCUGCCAACUAACACGACCCUCUCACGUGCGCUUACUAAAGGACAGUUACACACACAGUAAUAAUGCUGGUGGUUACUACUGGUUACUACUGGUUACUACUGGUUACUACUGGUUACUACUGGUUACUACUGGUUACUACUGGUUACUACUGGUUACUACUGGUUACUACUGGUUACUACUGGUUACUACUGGUUACUACUGGUUACUACAGUAAUAAUACUGGUAUAAUCGUGUGUAUUUUGAGUGGGAGAGGCAUAGUGCAUAGGUUUUUUACUUAAACUAAAGAAAUCUACAAAUAUUUUCAACUUUAGUCCCAGUUAUGUUGCUGUAAAACCCAGGUUAACUAUAAGGGGACCCAUUUUAUUAACGCUACAACAGGGUGGGCCACAAUUCACAAUCUGUACACUGUGUAGCAGUACAAACAUGUUGAAUAACGCACAUAAUUAAAGCUUUACAGAGUCAUACUUAGAUUCCCUUACAGUUGCACAGUGGGUGUGCCACUCCUUCAUUUCCUCUAUUUUCGUCAUCAGAUGGAAACGCUCUGAACUAGAAAGUCGAUAUUUACUGAAUGUUAUUCAAGUGUUGUGCGUGUUAAGAUGAUUCUGGCCCACCCUGUAUAAUGCCCUAGGACAUGAGAUUUGUAAAUAUUUUUGUCUUGAUUUUUCUUUAGAUUUUCCUUCAGAUAAAAAAUGAAUUCUGAAUUGUCACUGUCUUGUGAGAGCAGCCUGCAUGAAAACAAUUCUGAAUCAAAUGAAGUAUUUCCAGUAAUACUAGUAAAGAGUCACGUGACUGCCCACGUGACAGCCCACGUGACAGCCCACGUGACUGCCCACGUGACUGCCCACGUGACUGCCCGCGUGACUGCCCGCUUGACUGUGUAUAUAGCUCACGAGACAGCGACAGUUUCACACAGAACAAUUAUUUCUUCUUGUUUUGAUUUCCUUAAUUAAAGCUUUUAUUACCAAGUUACUUCCUUGAAACACGAGGUUACUAGUGGUUACUAUUGGUUACCACUGGUUACUAUAGUUACUUGUUUUUAUGAUUUAAAUUUUAAAAUGAUUAGAUUAAGUUAUUACUCAUCUGAAUAUUAUUAUUAUAAAAAUAUAUUUCUCAAAUUUAAGAACCUUUUUCGCUUUGCCUGGAGCAGUUCACUUUCAAUGAAAGAAAUUGAAGAAAAGAAUAAUUUGUAAGGGUCGUUGCGAGAAACAGGGUUUUUAUUUAGUAUUGAAGUUUAACAAUCACCACCUAGUGAGUCAGCUCUUUAAUCCUGAUAUUGUUGAUGUUAUUACAGUGUCACGAAAAGACUACUCAACCCAUAAACGGGGAAAUACAAUUAAACACUUCUUUUUAUCGUCACAAUCAUCCUUGUGCCGACCACGGUUUAGGUCAAGUUCAUACAAGUUGGUGUCAAUUCUUUUGCAUGGAACUGUGACCACAUUUCAUUGUAAAUUAUGAUUAUUUUUGUAUAAUGUUGUUGGAAUAAAGUAUGUAGUGCGCCAUCGUGCACUAAUAAAGUAUGAACAAUGUAUCGUAUUAUUUCCGUAAAACUGAA